AUGGCGGCGAAGGAACAUCUCGGCGGCCUUAGUGGAGGAGACUACAAUGUCGACCUUUUGUCGAACGACGACGACGACAAUGCGCCACCGUCAACAUGGCGUCUCAGCCUCGACACAUUUCACGUCCCUUCUUCUUCGCCGCUGUCCUCUGGCCGUACUCGCUUUUCCCGUUACUUCCGGACUCCGAAAAAGGAACGUAAAGUCUCGGAGUACUACAAGAAGCAAGAGAAGCUCCUUGAAGGUUUCAAUGAGAUGGAGACAAUCAACGAAACUGGUUUUUUAUCCGCAGCUCCAACUGAGGAAGAAAUAAAGAAGGUUGCAAAGAGCGAGAGACUUGCAAUUAACAUCUCAAACGUAGCAAACCUUGUGCUCUUUGUAGCAAAAGUUUAUGCUUCUGUGGAGAGUAGAUCUAUGGCUGUGAUUGCUUCAACUCUAGACUCUCUCUUGGAUCUCCUGUCUGGCUUUAUUCUAUGGUUCACAGCAAACGCCAUGAGUAAACCAAACCAGUUUCACUACCCAAUCGGUAAACGACGAAUGCAACCUGUGGGAAUCAUUGUGUUUGCUUCUGUGAUGGCAACUCUUGGGCUACAAGUUUUGUUAGAGUCAGCUAGGUUACUUAUUUCCAAGAAUGGUCCUCACAUGAAUAGCACUGAAGAAAAAUGGAUGAUUGGAAUAAUGGCUUCUGCUACAGUCGUCAAGUUUAUGCUCAUGCUUUACUGCAGAAGUUUCCAGAACGAAAUCGUUAGGGCAUAUGCACAAGAUCACCUCUUUGACGUUGUCACUAAUUCUGUCGGUUUAGCAACAGCUGUCUUGGCUGUAAAAUUUUACUGGUGGAUUGAUCCCUCUGGUGCUAUUGUCAUUGCUCUGUAUACAAUUAGCACAUGGGCAAGAACGGUUUUAGAGAAUGUACAUUCGUUGAUUGGACGCUCUGCGCCACCAGAUUUCUUGGCGAAGCUAACGUUCUUGAUAUGGAACCAUCACGAGAAGAUCAAGCACAUUGACACGGUGAGAGCCUACACGUUUGGAUCACACUAUUUUGUUGAGGUAGACAUUGUUUUGCCGGAGGACAUGAGGCUACACGAAGCUCACAAUAUCGGAGAGACUCUUCAGGAGAAGCUCGAGCAACUCUCUGAGGUAGAGAGAGCUUUUGUCCAUAUUGACUUUGAGUUCACUCAUCGUCCAGAACACAAGUGCAAGGUUUGA